CAACCAUUAAAAGCCGGCGCAGUGCGACUGAUCCUUUCCUUCGUCUGUCUCUGGGAUUUCGGUGUGCUGAGCUGCAGAGAAACAGAGAAAAAAAAGACAGAGAGACUGAGAGAGAGAGAAAGACCUGCUGAUGAAGGGGUGAGAGAUGCGUGUUCUCCAAGGAGUGUUUAACCUGAGCAGCAGGGGCUGUACCUUUGGGUCCAUAAAUGAGACUAAAGCAAUGGAAAAAAGGAAAAUACAAGGGGAUGAGAGCCAUCAGUUUUUUUCCAGAAGAAAAUAAGCACAAACAAGCCUGAAGAGGUGAUAGACCACAACUCCAACACUUCUCUCUAAGGGAACACGUACACGUACAUAUACAUGUACACGUACGUAUAAGUGCAAAUACUGUGGCCAAAAAAAAAUCAAUAAAUAAUAAAAGCUAGAAACUAAAGCUGAUGUGAAAACUCCACUUCUUGACUAGACACUGGACACCUAAUGCACCUUGUCUACAUAAACAGAUACAGCUGACUACCCUGCCAGAAUACUGUGAGGCUCCAGCCUAAUAGAAACUAAAAGUGACAUCACUACCUAAUUGUUACUACCAUUGUUUAUGAUUUCCAGAAAGGCAUCCAUGGCUUGUAGUGGUGGUGUCGUGAUGAGUGCCUUCAUCUGGUCUAUGGCCAUAAUCUAUCUGACUCACAUAGGUGGAGUGAGAGGGGACUGCUGGCUUAUUGAAGGGGAAAAGGGCUUUGUGUGGUUGGCCAUCUGCAGCCAAAACCAACCACCUUAUGAGGCCAUCCCUCAGCAUAUCAACAGCACCAUUGUGGACCUUCGCUUAAAUGAAAAUAAGAUUAAAAGUAUCCAUUACUCUGCCCUCAGCCGCUUUGCCAACCUAACAUACCUGAACCUAACAAAGAAUGACAUUAGCUAUAUAGAGGAUGGGGCUUUUUCAGCUCAAUUCAACUUACAGGUACUCCAGCUAGGUUUCAAUAAACUGCGUAACCUAACAGAAGGGAUUCUCAGGGGGUUGGGAAAGCUGCAGUACCUCUACCUCCAGGCCAACCUGAUUGAGACUGUGACACCCAAUGCCUUUUGGGAGUGCCCAAACAUUGAAAACAUAGACCUCUCUAUGAAUCGCAUUCAGGUGCUAGAUGGGAACACUUUCACCAGCCUCACUAAGCUGACCACAUGUGAGCUUUACACCAACCCCUUCAACUGUUCUUGUGAUCUUCUGGGGUUUGUUAAGUGGCUGUCAGUCUUCCCCAACAGAACGAAUGAACGGAUGGUAUGUGAUUCUCCUGCAGGCGUUUCUGGUUACAGUCUCUUAAGCCAGAAUCCAAACAAUCCUACUCAGCGCAAUGCACUGCAUAUGCUGUCCACUGUGUGCACGGAGGACUAUGUGACUCCGUAUAUCCCUGUGCCUCCUGAGACCACAACUUUCUCUCCAGAUGUUACCCCUUGUGAGCUGGAGGACUGCCCCUCUGGUAGUGAGCCAGAGGACAUAAGCAUUAGUCCCACAUACCCAGACCCUGAUGUGAAACCAAUCAUGAAGCUGAAAUAUGUCUCCCACACAAAUGCAGCCAUUAAUGUUCAGAUCCCCCAUCCCUAUAAGAAAAUGUACAUCCUUGUUUUGUAUAACAACAGCUUCUUCACAGACAUUCAAACUCUGAAACAGCAAACGGAAGAUAUCAAGUUAAUGAACCUGAAACCUCACACUGAAUAUACCUACUGUGUGGCUUCCAUACGCAAUUCUUUGCGUUAUAACCAUACCUGUCUCAAAUUGUCUACAGGCCCCACAACUGGGAGAGUGAGACAGGCUAAUAAUGCAACAGCAACUCACUACAUAAUGACCAUCCUAGGAUGCCUUUUCAGCAUGGUAAUUGUUUUAGGACUGGUCUACUAUUGUUUAAGAAAGAAGAGGUACCAAGAUGAAAAGCACAAAAAGGCAGGUAGUAUAAAGAAAAACAUAAUAGAGCUCAAAUAUGGAGGUGAACUGGAGGGAGGGACUAUAUCCAGAAUGUCUCAAAAGCAAAUGAUGGCUGGAGAGAGUAUGUCUCGCAUGCCAUAUUUGCCUUCUGGGAGUGAGAUGGAUCAGUACAAAAUUCAGGACUUAAGUGAUACGCCAAAAAUGGCUAAGGGCAACUAUAUGGAUGUGAGAACUGGGGAGCACCAAGACCGAAGAGAGUGUGAGAUGCCUAUGCCAAGCAAUAGUCAGGGCUCUGUUGCUGAGAUCUCCACAAUUGCAAAAGAAGUGGACAAAGUCAACCAGAUUAUUAAUAACUGCAUAGAUGCUCUGAAGUCAGAAUCAACUUCUUUCCAAGGAGUCAAAUCUGGAGCUGUUUCAACAGCAGAGCCCCAGUUAGUUUUGAUUUCAGAGCAGCCUCAGAGCAAGUCUGGCUUUCUGUCCCCUGUUUACAAGGAUAGCUACCACCACUCUUUACAGAGACACCACUCCUCAAACACCUCCCCAAAGCGCCCCAGCACGGCAACUGGUGGUCCCAUGCGUAGUCCGAGGCCUUACAGGUCUGAGGGGGCAUACAAGUCAGAGUCUAAAUACAUAGAGAAGACUUCACCUACAGGUGAGACCAUUAUGACAAUUACUCCAGCUGCCGCUAUACUGAGAGCCGAGGCAGAGAAGAUACGUCAAUACACUGAACACAGACACUCCUACCCCGAUGCCCAAAUUGAGGAGCUUGAGGGACCGGAGAAUCGCAAAGCAUCCAUCUUGGAGCCUCUGACACGGCCUCGGCCCAGAGACUUGGCUUAUUCUCAGCUCUCUCCCCAGUACCAUAACCUCAGCUACUCCUCCAGCCCUGAGUAUUACUGUAAACCAACUCACAGCAUCUGGGAGCGCUUCAAGCUCCACCGCAAACGUCACAAAGAUGAGGAAUACAUGGCAGCAGGCCAUGCUCUGCGUAAAAAAGUGCAGUUUGCAAAAGAUGAGGACCUGCAUGACAUUCUAGAUUACUGGAAAGGUGUGUCAGCACAGCAUAAAUCUUAAUCUUCUCAAGUGUCUCUUCAAGAGUUUUGGUUGGACCGUGAAACAAGAAUGAGUUUUGAAUUGCAUUUUAAUGGAGGACAUAACCACCUUUGACUAAGAGGGAAUGGGGAAAAUUGGGAAUAUUCGCUUAGUUUUGUAAAUUUACCAAAAGGAUAUAUACAAGAAGAGAACAAUGUGCAAAUUAAAAAAUAUAUAUGUUCAAGUGGAUUAUAAGUAUUUGGUUCCGCAUGGCCAAGUCCUGUGACAAUGGAUUUUCUACUAGAGUACAGUGAGAAAAAAAAACAUCAUACACUGACAACUGUCUUCUUGUAACAUGUUUCUUCUCACUGUACAUUGAUUAAGGAACAGUUCUCCAUAUAUAUUGAGUUAUAAAUACAAAGGGACUAAUGUACUAUAUAGUGUUUUUAUACUUGCAGUGAUCGGUGGUUAUAAGAAAAGAUAAAGAAAACGUUUGAUUCAGGUUUAGAGUAUGGAUUUUAGAAUCAGCUCCUUUGACUUUUUGUCUCUAAUGAAUGUUUGGAGUUGAGAUGGAUAAACAUUGCACUUGUCACUGGAAUGGUGUACGUCCAUUCAAAACACCAUUCACUCUAGGUCUGCUUUGUCAUUUUAAAUUCAUGUCACUAAACAAAAUGCACAAUAUUACCAAGUUAUUAGCGGCUCAUAAAUUUGGAUGGCUUGUUACUUAAAAACGGAUAAGUGGGAGGUAUAUCUGAAACAUCUGCAUAAGUGGGAUGAAAAUGUACAGGACUG